CAGGAACUCGUUGGCAAACUUGUGGAUACAACGGUUCUACAGCCACUCUGAAAUCGGACGAUUUAUUGAGACAUGAACAUAUCUUUCAACACCAUUUCAUGUUUGAAUAUUCUAUAAAACAGUAAAUUUUUAUAUAAAUGGCGUGCCUUGUUGAAGAUGUUCGUUGUACGGGAAAGAGUGCAGAGAAACCUCGAUAUUCGAUAUAUCAAGAUGAGAAUUUAAUAUAUGUACAGCCAGCUACGAGACGUCCUAUGACGAACGAAAGACCAUACAAGAAACCAACCAUUAAAAUCGACUCGGAUACGACGUAUGGCACGUCUUACAUGAAAUUCGACUGCGUUCCUAAACGGAGAUUCAAUUAUGGGGAACACGAAAAAUUAGCGUAUAAAAGCCCUGAACAGAUUGAUUCCGAGACAGUGUACAAACUGUCCUACCAAGCUGCGAAUGGAAAGGUACGGAAACCGUUUACACCGAAAUCCUGUUUAUCUAUAAAUGGAUCGCAUGAUAUGACAACUAUCCAUGCGUUGUCCUACGGGAAUCCUGGAUAUGUAAAAGUAGAGAGUUACAAACCAUACCAAGGAAAAAAUCUUCGCCCUGCGUUGGUGGAUUUCCAAACAGUUACGAAGGAAUCUUAUCAAGAUUUCGGUAUGCCUGUUCCCAUAGAAAGACCGAGGAAGCCAACAUUUUGGCAGACUAAAUCGAAAACGGAUUAUCGGACCACGAGCAGUUUAUCUUACCAAUAUGCACAACCAGUCGCUAAAAAGAUAUAUGUACGCAGUCGGCCAAUUAUUACUGCUCAAAUUGAAAAAGACACAGUCUGUAAGAUGAGUUACAGGCACCCAGGUCAUUUUAUAAAGAAGGAAAACUUCAUUUAUGAAUAAUGUUUUAUGGUGUACGAAAUAUAUAUAUAUAUUUGGUUAUUUAAUUUUAACUUGCACCGAUUUCAAUCUUUCAACGUGACGAUUAGAUCGAGCGAAUAAUAAGAAAAUAUUAACUUGUUACCCUGCAUCUGCUUGCAUAAAAAUAGGCAUGU